UUCUGAUGUUUCUGGUCUUCAUCCUUGAAUUCAUCUUCCUUUUUGCCUUCUUUGUAUCGGGUUCAUGUACUGUGUUGGAUUGUUUCUCUAUGACAGAGAGAAAGCUGCUCUUGUUUUUCCCAAGUGCAGCUGGAGCUACUAUCAAGAAACUUUCCAUCACUAGUGAAGGAGUGUGUGCAUGAGUGAAUGAAUGUAGAGUGAAGCACCUUGAGGUCUUCUGGACUUGAUGAAGCGCUAUACAUGUACAAGCCAUUUCUCAUGAACCAUUUCUGAUGCUGUUUUUCUUCUUUGGAGAAUUUUUACUCUGACUCUCUUGGCCAUUUCCUCCUGAAAACUCCUGGAUGAACAUUUCCUGAUUUCCUAAUUGUUCCUGGUUCCUCCACAGAGUGGACCAGCAGAGCUCAGAGGUUCCCAGUGGUCCGUCUGCCUGGCAGCAUGACCCACAGCUGGACUCCAUAUUUAUGCUGCUGGAGAAAAACAUUGUCACAUUUCUGAAGAAAGAGCUGAAGAAGAUCCAGAAGGUUCUGAGUCCAGAUGACCCAGAAUGUGCAGAGAGUCAGAGAGAUGAUGAGGAGGAGUUGGAAGGUGAGGAUGAAGAGCAGAGGAUGAGCAGCAGAGAGGCAGUGAUGAAGAUCAUAUUGAACUUCCUGAGGAGGAUGAAGCAGGAGGAGCUGGCUGACCGUCUGCAGACCAAACAGUUUCCUGCAGUUGGUCAACAUGAACUUAAAUCUGGUCUGAAGAAGAAGUUCCAGUGUGUGUUUGAGGGAAUCAGUAAAGCAGGAAGUCCAACCCUUCUGAACCAGAUCUACACAGAGCUCUACAUCACAGAGGGAGGGACUGGAGAGGUCAAUGAUGAACAUGAGGUCAGACAGAUUGAAACAGCAUCCAGGAAACAACACAGACCAGAAACAACAAUCAGACAAGAAGACAUCUUUAAAGUCCCACCUGGAAGAGAUCAACCAAUCAGAACAGUGAUGACAAAGGGAGUGGCUGGCAUUGGGAAAACAGUCUUAACACAGAAGUUCACUCUGGACUGGGCUGAAGGCAAAGCCCACCAGAACAUCCAGUUCAUAUUUCCAUUCACAUUCAGAGAGCUGAAUCUGCUGAAAGAGAAAAAGUUCAGCUUGGUGGAACUGAUUCAUCACUUCUUUAAUGAAACCAAAGAAAUCUGCAGCUUUGAACACUUCCAGGUUCUGUUCAUCUUUGAUGGCUUGGAUGAGAGUCGACUUCCACUGGACUUCCACAACAAGGAGAUCCUGACUGAUGCUACAGAGUCCAGCUCAGUGGAUGUUCUGCUGACAAACCUCAUCAGGGGGAAACUGCUUCCCUCUGCUCUCCUCUGGAUAACCACACGACCUGCAGCAGCCAAUCAGAUCCCUGCUCAGUGUGUUGACAUGGUGACAGAGGUCAGAGGGUUCACUGACCCUCAGAAGGAGGAGUACUUCAGGAAGAGAUUCAGAGAGAAGAAAGAGGCCAGCAGGAUCAUCUCCACAUGA